AUGCGGGCAUCCAGAAAGACAACCACAGAUACAGACAGACUACUUUCCUCCAGUUUCAAAGUUCAUAUCCAGGAGAAGACAGGGCCUAGUUUUACAGGCAAGAGGGUUGAGGUCACCGAGGGCCCACAGAGGCGAAGAGCCACACCCACACCCCAAAGUCGACUCACAGAUUCUUCUGAGUACAGGGAAGGUGACAACCAGCUGGCCCAGGAGCAGUGGGGAGGCCCAGGCACCACUGCCAGGACAGAGCCUGCCCUCCAGUUGCUGAGCUGCUGUGACCAGAGGGAGGCAGCACAAGGAUUCAGCCUCCUGCGCUGGAGGGAAAAAGGCAUAAAAAGUGAAAACAUCAAAGUAGCAUCAAAGGACAAGCUGUGCCAGCUUUCACACCCUCCUGGCUCCAGCUUCUCACCUGUUUCUGAUCAGUUGGAACAAGGACCCCUCCCCCAGGCCUCCUGCCUUAGGAAGCUGGGACCAGAGCACCUACCUUUCCUCCUUCAGGCUUCUGCUCCCCUCCCCAUUGUACAGACCUACCUGCAUCCACAGGGUGGGGAUUCAGGGACUCUGAGGCUAGAAGAGAAGCUCCUUGCUGCAGACCAGUCUCAGUUCAGCAACCUGGAGGUCAUGGAUCACUGGUUGCUCCUUGCACCACUGUGGCUCUGA